CUUUAGUGCAGCUCAAUUCUCAUCUAAGUUUUCACUGACUCUCAAGUUUCAGAGCUGGUUGUAGCAAUUGCACAUCUCUUGAGGGCGUUCAAAAUGCUUCAUUGCGCUUGAAAGACUGCACGAAGAGCUACAAUUAUGGCUCAAAAACGCAAGUUUCAAAAGGGUGGGAAGAAUCAGAAGCAAAAGGAGGCUUUCGGGCAAGGCAAAAAACAAAAGAAAGCCUUUGAGAGAAAGAAAGGCGCGCCGACGCCCGCGCCUGCCCCCCCUUCCAGCAGCGACGAGGAGAGCGGGGAUGAGCUUCCUGAGCUGGCGGGGGGUGCGUCUGCUUACCAGGCGCUCCUCAGCCAGCUGCACUCGUCAGGGGGGCGUAAUGCGCAGGCCAUGCAGCAGAGGUUGAAGGAACAGCAGGGGGGAGACACAGAUAGCGAGUCCGAAGAGGACGUUCCUCAGGGGGAGGAGGAAGCCGACGACGAUUCGGCAGAGAGCGAAUUAGGCCACGAUGAGGCAGGGAAUGAGCUCGAUGAAAGUGCAUUCCUAGACGAUCUGGGGAGCGGUUUAGAAGAUGGGGAAACAGGCGAUGAGGGGAGUGAGGGUGAAGAAAGUGAGGGUAAAGAGAGUGAGGGGGAUGAAAGUGAGGGGGAAGAAAGCGGAGGCGAGGACGAGAAAGCAAUGGAUGGGGUUGGUAAACAGGAUGGAGAAGGCUCGGAUGAAGACACCGAAGCUGGAGGGGAAGACGUUGGGGUGGAGAGCGAUGAGGAUGAUGAGAGGGGGGGGCCAGAGAGUGAUGAGGAAGAAAGGCGGGCGAGUAACGGGGAUGCAAGCACGAGCGCAGUGCCAGACCCAUUCGAAGUCCACAUGGGCCGCCAACUGACCGAGUCCGAGGUCGCCCUUUUGGGCGAGGGAUCCCUCCGCAAGUUCUCAAACUCCGCUCCUGCCGAGGGGCUCUCGGAUGCUCAGUGGCUAUGCGACCGGGGGGACCUACCGGACACUCUUAAAGGCCUGGAGGAUGCCCGGUUGAGGCCCCGGUUGGCGGAGCGAUGGAGGCAGCUGCGCAAGAAGGCGGGGAAGAAGGGCGACUUUGAUUCGCCACUCCAGGCGCAGUUCUUCACCUACUGCGCUCACUACCACGACAUUUUCCACCACCAGAAGCCCCUCCCGGGGAGUCGGCCCGGGGCGUCCGAGGAGUCGGACAGCAUUUCGGACGCAGUGCUGCUUCACACUCUGAACCACGUGAUCAAGACGCGCGAGCGCAUCGUCAAGAACAACACGAAGCUGCACAAAAAGCCGAGCGCCGACACGGACGCCGCCGGGCGGGAGGAGGGGCCUGCGGACACGCUUCCGGACGACACGGCGCCGCGGGACCAGGGGUUUACGCGGCCGAAGGUGCUGAUCGUGCUGCCGUACCGCAGCGUGGCUCUCAAGGUCGUCAAGCGCAUGCUGGAUCUGCUGCCGCCAGCCCAGAAGAUUACCGUGGAGCACGAGGCGCGCUUUCUGGACGACUUUGGCGUGGAGGAAGAUGAAGAGGCGGAGGCGCUGCUACAAAAGGCUAAGAAGCAGAAGAAAGGUGACGACUCCAUGGAGGCGGCUGACGCAGUGCUGACGGGAGCCAAGCCAGCGGAGCACCGCGCGCUGUUUGGCGGCAACAACGACGACCACUUCCGCAUCGGGCUGAAGCUGACGCGCAAGAGCGUCAAGCUGUACGCCGACUUCUACACCUCUGACGUCAUCGUCGCGUCACCGCUCGGGCUCACCACGAGGAUUGCCGAAGCCGAGGGGGAUAAAGACGCUGACGUGGACUUCCUGUCGUCCAUCGAGAUCGUGCUGGUGGACUACGCUGACGUCAUCUACAUGCAGAACUGGCAGAACCUGGUCCUCGUGUUCGAGCACCUCAACCGGCUGCCCACCAAACAGCACGGGAGCGAUCUGAUGCGCACGCGCGAGUGGUACCUCAACGGCUGGGCCAAGUUUUACCGCCAGACGAUUAUUCUCGGUGCAACCACGACUGCCGAAAUGAACGCGCUAUUCCACCGGCACUGCUUCAACGCCGCCGGUCGCAUCAAGCUGAAGGCGCAAUCCCCUGGGGUGCUUUCUAAAGUCAUCCCCCGCGUGCGCCAGCUGUUCGAGCGAGUGCCAUGUGGCAGCGCCGGAUUGGCCGACGACGCGCGCUUCGACUACUUCACGAAACAGGUGUUCCCCCGCAUCAAGGACUCGGUCCAAGGCGGUGUCCUCAUCUUCACGCGCUCCUACUACGACUUCGUCCGCCUGCGCAACUUUCUGCGCACGCAAAACGCCUCGUUCGCCGCUUUAGGCGACUACACGAAACAGAGCGACAUCUCGCGCGGCCGCGCGUGGUUCUUCCACGGGAAGCGCCAGUUUCUGCUGUACACGGAGCGCGCGCACUUUUACCACCGGUACCGGAUCAGGGGGAUCAAGGACCUGGUGUUUUACUCCCUCCCGGAGUACCCAAACUACUAUGCUGAGCUUCUGAACCUGCUCGAAGGAACGGACGCCCCGACCUGCACCGCCCUCUUCGCUCAGCACGGGGAUAAUCUAGAGUUGGAGAGGAUCGUCGGGACUUCGCGCGCGCGCAAGAUGUCCAAGUCUGAGAACAAGACCUUCAUGUUCUGCUAAGCCACUGCACGGGAAUGGUUGAGAGAUGUACGCUUCCCGAUCCGCUGCCAGACCCCGCGGCGUCGGUGGGAAUUAUUGAUGCGAGAAUCCCAGUUGGAUUUUCAGAAGCCGGAUUCGGCGGCGAACUUGUGUACCAGCACAAACGUUUCCUUAAUGGAUUCCAUCAAUGAUUGAGGAAACAGGAGCGAGAAUCAGAGAGAUUGUCUCGGAACAAGAUCCUCCAGAAGUGGUGCAUACGUGCAUCCAAUUGAAAACUAAAUCAGGCGCUGUCGAGAAGCCACAAACGGAAUCCAUAUAUCUGGCAUGUGGUACAAAAUGCAAAGAUUGCAGUGCCGGCGCCAAACGUCCGGCAAGUCUGUCAAGUGGAU